CGUACGUUUGUAAUUAGCGCCAACUUGGGGUGUGGUCAGCUCGGCUACGCUGCAGCGUCCUGCAGACUGCAAAAUAGACGAACGCCAUCGCCAUGGUAAGGGAAUACCUAAAAUCAGUUGUCCCUUCACAACUUAUCUCCGAACGAGGUUCUAAUUUGGUAGUGAUAAAUCCAGGAUCUGCAAAUAUUAGGAUUGGGCUUGCAUCGCAGGAUGCUCCUUUUAAUAUUCCUCAUUGCAUUGCUCGUUAUACCAAUCAAGUUCCCAAGAGAAGUGUUCAAGAUCAGAUGCUUAAUUCACAAGUUACAACUGCACAGCACAUGGAGCGAGAGAGGGCGUAUGAUGUUAUUGCCUCGUUGAUAAAAAUACCGUUUCUGGAUGAAGAGGUUGCUAACAAUUCUUUCCCGCGUAAGAUGGGACGAAUUGAUGGACAUCAUAAUGGCAAGAGGGAUAGUGUCUUUACUUGGACUGACGUACAUGAGAGGGACCCUACCUCGUCAGUCACUGUGGAAAGUUCAAGCUCCAAGGAUGUGAGCCAGUCUUUGGACCAGCAUGUAGAGACUGAUUCCAAGGAGUUUAGUCCUAGUGUAAUCAAAUAUAGACAGUUUAUUUGCGGUGAGGAUGCUCUUAAAAUAUCACCCAUUGAGCCAUAUUGUCUACACCGGCCUAUUCGCAGAGGUCACUUUAAUAUCUCACAACAUUACUCUAUGCAACAGGUACUUGAGGACUUGCAUGCUAUUUGGGACUGGAUUUUGAUAGAAAAACUACAUAUCCCUCUUAGUGAAAGAAACUUGUAUUCUGCUAUUCUGGUCGUCCCUGAAACAUUUGACAACCGCGAAAUAAAGGAUAUGUUGACUAUGGUACUGCAAGAUUUGCGGUUUGGUUCAGCAGUGGUUCAUCAGGAAGGGCUUGCUGCAGUUUUUGGUAAUGGACUAUCUUCAGCAUGUGUUGUCAACAUGGGAGCACAGGUGACAACAAUUAUUUGCAUCGAGGAUGGAGUUGCUCUGCCUGCGACAGCAAAGACUUUGCCUUUCGGGGGAGAGGACGUAUCUAGAUGCCUCCUGUGGACUCAGAGGCAUCAUCAGACCUGGCCACCAAUUCGUACUGACAUCUUGGCGAAGCCUGUUGAUCUUCUGAUGCUUAAUAGACUGAAAGAGUUCUACUGUGAGAUUAAGGAAGGGGAAGUCGAUGCUGUUGCUGUAGUUCACUCGUAUGAAGAAGGCACCCCUGCUGGUUCUCAUAAAACAAGACUGACUGCGCUUAAUGUACCACCUAUGGGAUUGUUCUUCCCAAUGCUAUUGGUUCCAGAUGUGUAUCCACCACCACCCCGUGCAUGGUUUCAUGACCAUGAGGAUAUGCUGGAAGAUACAUGGCAUACAGAGUACUCCAGAAGACCUGAUUUACCCGAUAAUGUAUAUCCUGGCGUUAACGUUAAUUUCCCUAUGUGGGAUACCUACCCAGUUUAUGCAACUAAACCAAAGAAAGAAGAGAACGUUGGUCUUGCUGAAGCUAUCACCAGCAGCAUCCUCUCAACAGGGCGGAUUGACCUCCAGAGGAAACUGUUCUUAAGCAUACAGUUAGUUGGUGGGGUGGCUCUGACAAGGGGUCUUGUUCCUGCAAUGGAGGAAAGAGUCUUGCAUGCAAUUCCUUCAAAUGAAGCGAUAGACACUGUUGAGGUGUUACAAUCAAGAACAAACCCUUCUUUUGCAUCAUGGAAAGGCGGAGCGAUUAUUGGAGUGCUUGAUUUUGGGCGGGAUGCUUGGAUACAUCGUGAAGACUGGAUUAACAGCGGAAUUUUUGUUGCAAGUGGCAGAAAAUACAAGGAUUCUUAUUAUCUUCAAGCACAAGCGAUGUGCUACAUGAACUCCUAAAAGGUCUGUUUCUGCUAUUUGCUAAUUCUAGCACAAACUUCUCAGCAUUUGGGCAAAUAUGUACAUAAAUGAUGUUAGUUUA